AUGGAUCAUCUUGCUCAGACAACAUACUCAACAAUCAAUGACUUGAGAAUCAAGAAACAGAAUGCCAUUGAUGUCCUUGAUUUUGAAACGGCUGAAUCAUAUGAAAAUCAAAUUCAAACAGAAAUUGCAAAUUUUGCUAAAUAUCAGAUGCAGGAUGCUUUAACACAAGCCAAAUUCCAAAUAGAAAAGUACAGAAAGUAUGCCGAAAAGAGAUUAGAAGACGAAGCAGAAGAAAGUCGGAAAAAUACUCAAAUGAUUUACUCAAAAUACCAAGUUUUAGUCGAAUCAACUGAGGAAAGACAUAUUUCCGAACUCAUGGAAAUAGAGCAAGAUAGGACAUAUACUCUUAUUACUGAAUCUGAGCGAGAUGUCGAUGAACAAAUCAAAUUACUUGAAGAAGCCAAAGCAGAAGCAAAAGUUUGUCAUUUCGAUAAAGCAAAAGAGUUACGUCAGCAAGCACAUGAUGUUGCUAAAGAAGAACUUGAAAGAAGACGCGUUGAAACAGAAACGAAAUUUGCCCAACUCAAAGAAACUACAAUUCAAAAUCAGAAGGAUGAAUUAGAAAAGAUUACUAAAGACCAUGAAACAGAAGUCAACGAAGAGCAUACAAGACAAGAAAAACAGUUUGAAAAUUCAAUCAAAGAAUUUAUUGACGAAUUCAAGAUGAUUGAAACAAAGUCCAUUGCCAAUUUCAAUGCUGUAGCCACUAAGAAUGUUAAUCUUGCUGAUAUGGUUUCAGAAAUCAAAGAAGUUACUCAAGAACAAAUUAAUUAUUUCAAAGGCAAACAAAGAGUUGUUCCAGUGAUGCAACAAUACGAAAAGUUGAAGAUUGGCACUACAAAACCUCCAAAAGUUGAAUCCCCGAAGCCAUCCAUGGCCAAAACAACUGGAGCUUUUCCAAAUGUCGCAGAAAGAUCAUUUAAAGCUCAGUCCGCUUUCUCGAAGACUACAAAUAGCGCUAACAGAUCAAGACCUAUGUCUUCAAUUGGUUUGCUAUCGUUGAGACCAAUGUCUAGAGCAAAUAGGAAAUAA